CGCGAGCUGCGGGUGCUCCAGUGUGCGCGCGGCCGGCGCGGCAAUUGGUGUCUCUGUGGGUCUCUCUGUGUCCCCCCUCGUCCCUCAGCCCGGUUUAGCGGCCUCCGCCAUGGCUUCGGACUCUGGGAGUUACAGUCAGUCUGGGGGCCAGCAGAGCUACUCAUCCUAUGGCAACCAGAGCAGUCAAAAUUAUGGGCAGUCACAGGGAUAUUCUGGUUAUGGGCAGAGUGGAGACAAUUCCUCCUAUGGACAGAACUAUGGAAGCUAUCAUGGGAGCUACGGACAAAAUCAAACAGGUUAUGGACAAGAUUCCCAGGGGUACGAUGAUGAAUCCAGUUAUGAAAAUCAGAAUCAGAGCUCUUACAACCAGCAGUCUUAUGGCAGUCAAGGGCAGAAAGGGUCAUCUAGAGGUGGAAGAGGCUCUUAUGAACAAAAGUCAAACUAUGGUCAGCACCAAAGCUCUUAUGACCAGCAGUCAAGCUAUGGACAAAACCAAGACUCUUAUGACCAGCAGUCAAGCUCAUAUGACCAGCAGUCGGGCUAUGGCCACCAGAGCUCAUAUGAACAAAAGUCAGGCUAUAACCAACACCAAAGCUCAUAUGGCCACUCUCAGCAGUCCUACCAGUCUCAGAAGGGAAGCUAUAGCCACAACAACCAAGAUGAUCGUCGUGAAAAGAGUAGGUAUGGAGAAGAUAAUAGAGGAUAUGGCGGGUCACAGGGAGGAGGUAGAGGGGGAUAUGACAUGGAUGGAAGAGGUCAUAUGUCUGGAUACAGUGGUGGUGACCGUGGUGGCUUCAAAAAUUACGGUGGUCAAAGGGAUUAUGGGCCGAGAUCAGACGCUGAUUCAGAGUCUGACAACUCUGAUAACAACACUAUCUUCGUGCAAGGACUUGGAGAGGAUGUUUCAACAGAUCAAGUGGCAGACUAUUUCAAACAAAUUGGUAUUAUAAAGACCAACAAAAAGACUGGCAAACCUAUGAUCAAUCUCUACACGGACAAGGAUACUGGCAAACCAAAGGGAGAGGCAACGGUGUCUUUUGAUGACCCUCCUUCUGCUAAAGCAGCGAUUGACUGGUUUGAUGGAAAAGAAUUCAAUGGCAAUGUCAUCAAAGUUUCCUUUGCAACCAGAAGGCCUGAGUUCAUGAGAGGAGGUGGAGGAGGCGGCCGUCGAGGUUCCCGAGGUGGCUAUGGAAGAGGUGGGGGCUUCCAGGGUAGAAGUGGGGAACCCAAGAAUGGUGAUUGGGUUUGUCCUAACCCGUCCUGUGGUAAUAUGAACUUCGCUCGCAGGAAUUCCUGCAACCAGUGCGGUGAGCCCAGACCAGAGGAUUCACGUCCCUCAGGAGAUUUUCGUGGGAGAGGUGGCUAUGGAGGAGAAAGAGGAUACCGAGGGCGCGGUGGCAGAGGUGGUGAUCGGGGAGGCGGCUAUGGUGGCAAAAUGGGAGGAAGAAAUGACUUCAGAAACGACCAACGCAACAGACCCUACUGAAGAGCACUGUGAACGUCUUGUUUGUCUCCUCGAUGCGUUUGGUAGUGACAUUGCCCGAGUUUUUGCCACUUCACCCAUGGCCUCUUGGGAUAGUGGGAUUGAGUGCAACUAGGUUUUGAUUUUGGUGGGAGGGACUGGGGUGGUUUGGGAGGAUUUUUUUGGUUUUUAAGCAAGACAUUGAAAUUGAAUCUUGAUUUUGACAUUCUCUCUUCUUCCUCCCAUACCUUUUCAACAGGCCCUGAGAAGGAAAAGGACAAACUGUAAAAUAUUGCCAAAAUAUGAAGUGUUUUGUAAUACUGCAAUAAAUGCUGAUUGUUUUAUUUGUGAAA